UUCUACGACAGGAUUUGCUAAAUGCACAUGCAAAGACGGAUGGACAGGCACAAAAUGUCAAUUCGAUCCAUGUAAGGCAAGUAACUGUAGCGGGCAUGGUGCGUGUCAAUGGGAUUAUGAUCACAAAGAACCAAUGUGUGUUUGUUUGGAAGGGUGGAAGGGUGUUGACUGCAACAUUCAUCCAUGUCAAAGCAAGAACUGCAGUGGCCAUGGCAGUUGCCACUGGGAUUCCUUCUACAAUGAACCGAUCUGCUCGUGCAUUGAUGGGUGGACAGGGGAUCAUUGUGAUGUUCAUCCUUGUUAUGGUAAAAAUUGUAACAGGAAUGGAGUCUGUGUGUGGGAUUCAGUUCGACGCAUUCCUCGAUGUUUGUGUGACGACGGUUGGUCAGGAUCUAAUUGUGAAAGUAGUGGUAUGAUGCAAUCAAAUCAGCCCCUGUGGAUAAUAAUAGCUGUUAUAUUGUUUGCGGCAGUCCUGCUCAUCGCUUCUUUAAUAAUUAUCCUUCGCCGUAAAAAAUAGUUGAAGUAAAAACUCUUCCCAAGAGUCAUCAAGAAAUUUUACGGAAAAAUACGAAAAAGUUUUCAAAGAAUGUUCUUCGGAAGAUGGACAGCGAAAAGUUUUGCAUGAUCAUUCUCUACAGAAACGCAUAAGAAGCAUACGUUUUACAAACAUACAAGCAUUGAUGCUUUUCAUAAACUUUCAAACCAUCUUUUGGUUAACAUCUAACAUAACUAAAAGGCAUUUAUACUUGGCUUGGUCACUCAUUGAAUGUCAGUUUCAUGAAAUUUAGUUGUGCACUCAUACAUAAUGUUUGUAUGGCUAAAUUAUUUUAGCAUUUAUCAAAGACUUGCCAAAAUUAUUGCAUUUGUAAAAUAUUUAAAUGCUGUGUUUAUCGCCAACGUUUUUCGAUGUUUUUCAAUAAAAUUUAUUA